AUGUCUAGCCAAUGGGAAUAUCCUCCGGUCAGAAGAGAUGAAAACUUCUACGAAGAAUUACAUGGAUAUAAAAUAUACGAUCCAUAUCGAUGGUUGGAAGAUCCUGAUAGCGAGGAAACAAAAGACUUUGUCAAGAACCAGAAUGAACUGUUAUCCAAGAUUGUCGAGUCAUAUCCGUAUCGUGAAAAAUUUCGUGAGAAUGUCUUGUAUCAAUUAUCAUCUUUUCAAGCCGACGCCAAAGUCUUUUUUGAUCCCAACACACUUGAAGAAGACGGAACUGCUGCUAUCAGAACUUAUAACUUUUCAGAGUCGGGAAAAUACUUCGUGUAUGCUAUAUCUAAAUCAGGCAGUGACUGGGCUACAGCCUAUGUAAAGACGACUGCCGAAGGCUCGAACGAAAAGCUGGACGACGUCAUUGACUGGUUAAAGUACAGCUACCUUGAUUUCACUCAUGACGAUGUUGGGUUUUUCUACAGUAGAUAUGCCGAACCGAAAACAGACGAUAAAGGCACAGAGAUAGAUAAGAGCUUGAAUCCGAUGAUCUAUUAUCACAAACUGGGCACUUUACAAGCCGAAGAUAUAUUAGUCUAUAAAGACCCUGAGCAUCCAGAGUAUUUACAUUAUAUGGGGAUGUCGGACGAUGGGCGUUACGUGCUCUUGGAAAUCACUAGGAGUACUGAGCGUGUCAACAAGCUCUGGAUAACAGAUUUACAGAAAACAGGAGGAAAGAUCACUGAAAACCUUGAAUUUUACAAAAUAGUGGAUAAUUUUGACGCGGAAUAUCGCUACUUAACCAAUGAUGAGACUGUCUUCUAUUUUCGAACAAAUUUGAACGCUCCUCGUUCUAAGAUCGUUAAAUAUGAUCUCUCUAAACCCGAAGAAGGCUUUGUUGAUCUUGUUCCCGAAUGCCCAGACGACAUCCUCUCGUCUGCGCACGUGGUCCAUCAAAAUAACCUUAUUCUGACAUACCUUCACGAUGUUAAAGAAGAAAUUGGCAUUUAUUCUCUCCACACUGGUGAGAAAAUCCGCCAACUUGAAAUUCCAAUUGGAGCAAUAGCGGCAGUGUCUGGUCGGAGAAAGGAUAAAGAGAUGUUUUUUCACUUUACCAAUUUCCUAAAUCCUGGGGUUAUUUAUCGGUACAAUUUUGUCGACUCGGUACUAAGAGUAUUCAAAAAGACAGUAGUCCCGGGGCUGAAUACCGAUAAUCUGUGCACAAAGCAAGUGUUUGUUCCUAGCAAAGAUGGGACUAAAGUUCCUGUCUUCAUUACUUCACGCAAGGACGUACAACUUAACGGAGACAAUCCGACAUUAUUAUACGCAUACGGUGGAUUUAAUUAUAUGGUAAAACCGGUGUUUAGCGUGCCGUGGAUGAUGUUUAUCAUGUUUUAUAAAGGCGUUGUAGCUGUCGCUAACAUACGUGGCGGCGGAGAAUAUGGCGAAGAGUGGCAUCGUGCAGGAACGUUACAAAAUAAGCAAAACUGUUUUGACGAUUUCCAGUCAGUUGCCAAGUGGCUAGCGGGUGUGAAAUACACACGUCCUGAGAGACUAGCCAUCAACGGAGGGUCUAAUGGCGGUCUGUUGGUUGGAGCUUGUAUUAAUCAGGCACCAGAGCUAUUUGGAGCAGCGGUGUCCGACGUCGGCGUACUGGACGUGUUGCGAUAUCACAAGUUUACGAUUGGCUACGCGUGGAAAAGUGACUACGGAGAUCCUGACAAGAAAGAAGACUUUGAAUACAUUUACAAAUAUUCACCUGUCCACAAUGUACAGUCGGAGAAGCCAUAUCCAUCAGUACUGUUAACCACUUCCGAUCAUGAUGACAGAGUUCCUCCCUUGCAUUCCUACAAAUAUAUUGCUCAAUUGCAACACGUCGCUAAGAACAAUCCAAAUCCAUUGACAAUUCGCGUUGACGUCAAGGCUGGCCAUGGUUCAGGGAAACCAACACAGAAAAAACUCGAUGAAGCCACCGACAAAUAUUCGUUUAUCUUAAUGGCCCUUGGUGCAGAUUGGGUGGCAGAACGAACAAAAAAGUUCCCAUGA